AUGGUCGCGACAUUUGUGUCAAAAGCGGGUCGUAUUGCAACAAUUCCUCUAAAUGAGCAAAGAACUCUUCGAAAAAUGAACCCCGAAAGAAGAAUCGUCCUCCACCAAGACAAUGCAAGCUCGCACACAGCCCAAAACACAAGGCAGUAUUUAACGGAAGAAAAUUCCGAUCUAAGUCCUAACGAUUUCUUUACUUUCCAGAAAAUUAAAAACAGACUGCGUGAAGAAGCAGUUGACGCAUUCAAAAAUACCGUUUUGGAUCUGCCAGCAAACGACUGGAAAAAAUGCUUCGAAAAUUGGUUCGUAAUCUUCGUGGAGAAUACUUCGAAAAACAAUAAAGUAAUUUAA